AAAAUCUUGGUACCAGGCUACAUCAGAGUAUAUAUUCAUUAGACUGUUGUCAUAUACUGGCAAUUCGGCAUUGGUCUGUUUUGAAUUUGACGAUAUUUCGGACUACUCAUAAAAGUUUUCCAUCGCUCAGAAAGCGAUUAUCACUUUCCUCAACAUCAGUUACUUACUGCUGAACAGAGAAAAAACAAGUUUUCUCGCUAUUUCUCGUCGAACUGCCUCCAGCGAUGCAUUGAACACCGUUUCACACCACAAAACCGUUAUCCAAGAGAGUUUCUAAACAUAAGUUCAGUAUUUCUUCUCAUUAGUUAGAUUUCUUUAACCAUCUUUGAGAACAAAGAAUUUUUUGACGACUCUGCUGUACUGUGAUGAUGUGUAACCUCCCAAUCGUCAAAUUAUUAGCAGUAACAGGUAUAUUGCUCCUACACUCGGGGAACAGUCAGUUAACAACACAUCUAGAAAUUAAACAGGCACCCGCUAAUGAGACAGCGAACGAGUGCACUAGUCUCCAAGAUGGCGCUUAUACUGAUUACCAACAAGCCUGUAGAGCGUUUUUUGUGUGUGACUCUGGGAAGAAGUACAAGUUCUGGUGCGGGGAUGGAAUGAUGUUUAAUCCCGAGUCUGCAUGUGACUCCCCUAAUUCUGUCAAGUGUCUCGCUCCAAAGACGGACGUUUCACAAUCCUUGGCGGAAGAUUGUUCACGACAGGAGGACGGUGUGUACACAAGCUACAGUAAAGACUGUCAAAGUUUUUAUUUUUGUCGAGGUGGCAGAAAAUUCGAGUACAGCUGUCCAACUGGUAAGCGUUUUGACUGGAGAAGGGGACUCUGCAGAUCAUCAAAAGAAGUGACGUGCACUCGUUUAGACUGUCUCAACAAAACUGAAGGAUUUUAUGCUGACAUUACAGAAGACUGCCGGAGGUACUACAGGUGUGACAAUAAUGAAGUACAAGAAUUUAUUUGUCCGGCCGGAACAGUGUUCAACGAAAAGAUUCGAAACUGUUCCGACUUUUUAGAGACGGAAUGUGGGGACCCCCACGACUUUCAUUGUAAUGGACUUCCGGAUGGUUACUAUCCUGUUUACACGAGAAUGUGCCACGCGUUUCAAGUAUGUGAAGGGGGGAUUUCCAGAAAAUACUCCUGUCCUUACCCCCUUGUGUUCAACCCGGACUCGUUGGCAUGUGAAAAUUCUGAAGCUAAUGUGUGUAAGUUUUCUCAGACGCUGGACUGUAAAGAAAGGCCAAAUGGUGUUUACCCUAAAUACGACAAUGGUUGUCGAGAAUUCGAAGUCUGUAGGGACGGUAAUCUGGUUCAACUGGGAUUCUGUGCAGAUGAGAAACUACUUGAUCCCGCUACUGGGACUUGUCAGCCUCGUUCGCAGGUAGUCUGUGCCCCAAUCCAGGACCCGGACUGCGAUGAUCGUUCAGAUGGUUCAUACCCUGCUAAAGACAGUCAAUGUACUUCAUUUUAUGUUUGCAUUAAUCACCGGAAAGUAAUUGAAUCAUCUUGUCCGCCCUCUACACUGUUUGAUUCUGUAAGUGGAUUGUGUUUGUCAUCGAAGGUUAUCAAGUGCCAAACUACUGGAACCACAUCUUCCACCCCACUUCUUCAUUGGGAUAUCUCUCAUUACGGUUGUGAAGGCAGGUUAGGGCUUUAUGCAGAUUUUCUUUCCAGCUGUCAAAAGUUUCAAGUCUGUGCCUAUGGUCAACAAAAUGUAUCUAAUUGUCCAGAAAAGAAGCGAUUUAAUCAGAUAACAGGACAAUGUGAAAAUGAAACAGCAGUAGACUGUCGCGCCCCCGCACUUCUUGGAACAUUUUUAUGUAAAAAAGGCGAUGAAGGAAUUUAUGUAGAUGUUAAUAGUGGGUGCAAGAAGUGGCACGAAUGUUGGGGAGAAAUGGGGGCAACAUAUCGAUGCCCCAGUGGUCAAACAUUUAACCCAAUUUCUCGAUCCUGUGAUUCUGCCAGUGAAGCCAGUUGUGGUCAAGUUACAGCACGCAGCUAUAGAUCACAUGCCAACAUCUCUAGAGUAGUUAGAGCUAAUCUUGUACCCGAAUCCAGUUUUAACUGUAGUGGCAAAUCUAAUGGAAUUUUUGCUCUCGGGGAAAGAAAUUGUAGAAUGUUUCACGUAUGUACAAAUGGUCGAACAGUUUCAUUCAUGUGUCCUUCUGACCUGGUAUAUAACCCAAAUCUCGAAUCCUGCGACGACCCCGCGGCCUUCACGUGUGAAAGUUUGGCUGACAAGAUCGAACCACCACAGUUAGAAUUCUCCUGCAGACGUAAAUCAGAUGGUUAUUAUCCAGACUUUCCAACAAACUGUACACGGUAUUAUAUCUGUAAGGAUGAAAGAAAAACAACAGUAUUUUGUCCUGAAACUUAUUUGUUUAAUGCUCUAACAGAGAGUUGCGAGUCUGGUGACGAUGAGAAUGUGAAAUGUAGCCCAUCCGAAGUGAAAACUGUGCAAGACAACACCCAGAAUGAUACCCAGUCCACAACACACCCAUCAAGUUAUAUCCCGGAAGUAAGUAAAAAUGCUGAGAAUAUAAUACCUUCAAAGCCAAAAUACAAAACAUUUUAUGGAAAUGAAGGGACAACAGCGCAUGUCAGUGAUCAAGGUUUCAACGCUAAUAACGAAAGACACGUGAACGCUAACAGACGAGAUUUCAUUCAACUUGAUGACAAAAGAUCUUAUAGUCAACAAUUUUCAGGAAAUGUAGAAAGAAACUUGGAAAAUCAGUAUAGAAAAAACAGAGAAAAACCUUUUCACACGAGCAGCCAAGAGUUCAAUCCUGGCAAUGAAGGAUAUUCAUAUACUGGAAAUCAUCGUCGCACCUCAGGUGUAGAAAGAUCUGGAUAUCAAGGUCUUAGCGCUAACUUAGAAAGACCUGUAUAUACUACGAAUCAGGAAUUCAUUUCAGACCAAGAAAGAUAUCCACACACUCAGAGUAAGAAAUUCAAUCCAUAUGAAGAAAAUCCUUCACACACUAGAAGCCAGCAAUAUAACCCAACUGAAGAAUACUCUUUGUAUACCGGGAACUAUCGGUUCACUCCAGACGAAGAAAGGUCUCUCUACACCAUGGAACAGAGAUCUAGUCCUGGUAAGGACAGAUCGUAUUACAGCAGGAGCCAGAGUUUCCUCCCAGAAGAAAAAACUACUUUUUACACAGGAAACCAAGGGUUCAAUCAAUAUGAAGAAAGACCUUUGUACAUUGGAAAUGAAGGCUUCAGUUCAGAAGAAAAUCAAAGAACAUUGUACAAUGGGAACCAGAGAUACAGCCCAGCUGCAGAAAGAACAUUUUACAAUGAAAGACAGGCAUACAAUCCAGAUGAAGAGAAAAACGUAUAUAUCAGUAAUCAGUGGUCGAAUGUUGAUGAUGAAAUGUCUCUCGCAACUAGGGCCCACGGUUUGAGUUCAAGUGAAGAAAGUAAUUUUAACAGUUGGAACGAAGGCCUAUGGACAAACGAUGAAAAAGCUAUUCAAACUCCUUUACAGAAAUUUAAGAGAAAAAUUGAUGAGCGUUUUUAUACAUCAGAUCAGCUCCCUGAUUUGAAAAAUGACGGUACCUUGCAAACCCGGAGAACACCCCAAAGUUCAAGAAACACAAGUCCUGGUCGACAUUAUUUAUCGGAAAAAACCUUACCAGAACGAGUAAGACAAACUGAUUAUUCAUUUAGACAAACUCAAAAUGACAAUUAUUAUCUCGAAGUACCAGAAAGUACAGAGAAAAUUAAAGAAACUGGGAUUCCUUUCGUAAGGGAAAAUUUAAGAACUAGAAAUAGACAUGACACGGAUGAUGGCUACACAAGAUUGCUGCAAAGCAAUGAGGGCUCUUCCCAAGGAAAUUUAGAAUUUGGGGAUAGACUUCCAGGGUCCCUUGAAAAUUCUAAUGCUCAAGUUUACCAAAAAGAAGAAACAAGUUUUCCCGAGGUUCCCAUGGGCAACCCUGAUCGAAGUCAUCAGGAGAGGUUUUCUUCUUGGGGUCCCAACGAGAGGAACCUUGGCAACUUUGAAAAUAGCGGUCACAUAGGUAUUUCGUCCAGAUCUUCUAGAAGAGACUAUCCACACUAUAUAGACCAAUAAACAGGCAAACUUUGCACCUAAUGUUCUUACGUGAGAUUGCACAGUCUGUACAGACGAAGAAGGAAAAACUAUUUUUGAAGUUCCAAGCAGAAAAUACCCAUGGCUUUGAGACGAGAAAAGUUAGGAAGAUUUUUCUACUGAAGCAGAAGAUACACAUUUUAGAUAAAAACAAUUAUAAAAUAAUUGUACGUAUAAUUCAUCCUAUAAACACCUGAAAAUUAUUUUGAAUUAACGAAAAAAAAAAAAAUUACUCUUGACUUCCGAAAGGUUAACUUUUCAGUAAGCUAAAAAUAUAGACUAAAUGGAAGUUUCUUUCAAGCGAUAUAAAGAAGAAACAUGGUGGCAUCCUAGAUGGAAAUGGGUAAGAAAUUCUGCAAUCAGCACUUGCUCAUUGUGAGUUUUGUAUGCUUUGUUAACCACGCCAAAUAAGUAAUAUAGUUUGAACUUUAUAUUUGGUUAGCUAUGGUCAUCGCCUAGGUAUAUAAUUUUAAGUUCUUAUUUCGU